AUGAAUGAGCAAGAACUUGGUAUCGACUCAUCAAUUCAACAGUUUAACGGAAGGUCUUUCAUUACAGUUGAUGACGAGAACCUGAAAGAGACUAGGGUAUUCGACGUCAACCCUGAUCCUAUAUUUAAGGUAGGGACACUAGUUACUCAAAAAGAUUUCUUGCUAGAAUCCCGCGGAACAGAAGGUGUAGUCGAGUACGUCAUGGCAGAUGUAGUUUACAGGAUAAGUGAUCACCUGAAGGGACUCAACUUUGGCAAAGCAAAGAGCUGGAACAUGCGAGGCCAAGACCAUUUCAUCUCUCUGGGUGAAGGUGUGCAGAUCUCGCCUCUCAUCCCCAGUCUGAGAGAUCGAGAGCUCACCAGAAUAGUCAUGUUGCCUCGUGGCCGCAGUCUCCGUUCCUGUCAGACAGUAAUGGAGUUUCUUGUAGGCAUUCGAGAUGCAAUCUUGGGACACCAACGCCUAUUUGUCAAGAAUAUACUGCAUGGCGAUAUCUCGGAUAGCAACAUAAUUCUGGUGUCCGCCGGUGGUGUGUCUAAAGGGGUAUUAAUCGACCUAGACCAUGCUGUCAAGGUUGGAGAAGCUACUGAAAAGAACGACAAUCCCAAGUUGACAGGUACCAUGAAGUUUAUGGCGCUUCAAAGACUUUACCAUGCAGCAAAGUUCAGGAAAUCCAUAGCACGUACUUACCAUCAUGAUCUAGAAUCAUUUUUUUACGUUUUUCUCGUGGGAUGUAUAGAGUAUGAAUAUCGCGAGGAAUCGGAAGAGGUGGAAACCCUACAUGACUGGUGCACUAAGAAUAUGAUGACAAACUUUCUAACUAAGCUUUCCUGUGUAACUUUCAUGCAAAUUAUCACACUCGAUUUGUUUUCGCCGAGUUUUGUGGAAUUGAAGAAAUUAGCCACCAGUCUACAAACGGUAUUAUUUGGAGACGGAGGAAUUGAUUUCCAAACGCCUGAUGACCACGAACGUAUUUAUAAAGAUAUGAUUACGGCAUUCAAUAAAACCAUUGAUCAGAUCAAAGGUAAGUUUAAAGAACUUUUCACAGUAGCUGUUCUCUUUCACAAGUAUCAUCCUGACAAGUUUUCCAUUAAUUAG